GAUCGAUGGCAGCUGGAAAUGGGGGGCUAACAGUUCCACCAGGGUUCAGAUUCCAUCCAACAGAAGAGGAAUUACUUUAUUAUUACCUCAGAAAGAAAGUUUCUUACGAGCCCAUCGACUUCGAUGUUAUCGAAGAAGUCGAUCUCAACAAACUCGAGCCUUGGGAUCUCAAAGAGAAAUGCAGAAUCGGUUCGGGUCCGCAGAUAGACUGGUAUUUUUUCAGCCACAAGGACAAAAAAUACCCGACCGGAACCCGAACCAAUCGGGCAACGACAGCUGGAUUCUGGAAAGCCACGGGGAGGGAUAAGGCGAUCCACCUCAGCAAUAACUCGGAAAGAAUCGGUAUGAGGAAAACCCUAGUUUUUUAUACGGGCCGGGCCCCACACGGCCACAAGACCGAUUGGAUCAUGCAUGAGUACCGUUUGGACCACGAUCACUACUCCACUACUACUUCUCCUCUUGAUAUCCAUGAAGAUGGGUGGGUGAUUUGCAGAGUGUUCAAGAAGAAAAACCAGAGCAGAGGAUUCAAUUCAUCCAACGUUGAUCAAGAAGCUGAGCAGGACCUGCUUGUACCUUUCCCUGCAGUGGACGGUUGUACAUUCGGCCCGAAUCAAGCCCAGCCCGACAACCUGUACAGUUCGAUGCAUCUUCCACAAUUACUCAGUCCCGAAUCAACUGUCGUCGCCCCCCCUUCAUUCUUCUCACCAUUUCCGUUGUUGACGUCAGACAGCGCCGGGCCAUCCACCACCGCCGCCGGCGGGUACAUCCAACAGGAGAAAUUUUCCGGCGACUGGUCGUUUCUGGACAAGCUGCUGGCAACCCACCAAACGAUGGAUCAUAAUACAAGCAGAGGUCACCAGUUUUCGCCGGUUGCUGAUUUAAUUCCUCCGGCGCAGAGGUUUCCAUUUUCUUGCUACGGUUUUGAACAUGAUUUUUCAAAGUAG